AUGCUUCGACGCCUUGCCCUGAUCCUCUCCCUCUCCUCUCUCUCCUCCCUUUCUCAUUCCAAACCCAUCACCGCUGAGGCUGCCAACGCUGGAGCUGCGUCCAACUCAGCGGCCAGCCAAGGGAAACUCUCAACCGAGGGCUCUACAACCUACGAUGGCGUCGCGCUCGCUGGGAUUGAGGCGGCCCCUGCGGUCUCAGAUGUCAUUGCCGCCGCUAUCUCCCAAGCCGGCUGGACUAUCGUUGUCGACAGUCAGCAAAGUGCCAAUGGUUACUUAGGGACUAACGCCAUCGACGGCAACACCUCCACGUUCUGGCACUCCGAGUACUCACCAGUACUUGUACAAUUGCCCCACAAUGCCACCAUUGAUAUGAAGACUGCCAGCCUCGUCGGCAGCAUCACUUACCUCCCAAGACAAGAUGGUCAAAGCAACGGCAGGAUUGGUGAACACAUUAUUGAGCUCAGUCCCGACGGCGUCACCUAUACAACAGUAGCCUUCGGGACAUGGAUCGAUGACGCCACCCUCAAGACGACGACCUUCACCCCCUUCACCGCUCGGUAUCUGCGUAUCAUCGCCCUUUCGGAGGCCGGAAAUAGAGGGCCCUGGUCCUCCGCCGCAGAAAUCAACGUUUACACUGCCGCCGGUUCCGCGCCUCCGUCGCCUGUUGGGAAGGGCAAGUGGGUCAUGACGGUUGAUUUCCCCCUCGUACCGGUCUCCAUAGCUCAUGAAUGGUCCACUGGUUCGCUGCUCGCUUGGUCGUCAUACACUCCCAGCUCCUUCGGGGGCUCCCCAGGCACAACCACCUACACUGCAACCUUCAAUCCUGCUACAGAUCUUGUUACACAAGCCGUAAUCACCAACGUGGAUCAUGACAUGUUUUGCGAAGGACUGUCAUUGGACUUCACUGGACGGAUUAUUGCUACUGGGGGAAACACUGAUGCGGCCACGAGUUCUUAUGACCCUACGGCCAGUGAUUGGACUGCUCAAGCAGCCCUGAACAUUCCCCGCGGCUAUCAAGCCCAAGUGACUACCUCCACCGGCACACUGUUCACGAUAGGAGCAUCAUGGAGUGGAGGCCAGGGUGGCAAGAACGGCGAGCUCUACAGCACUAGUGCCAACACCUGGACCGAACUUUCUGGUUGCCCGGUUGCGCCUAUCCUCACAGCCGACGCGCAAGGCGUCUAUCGCGCGGAUAACCAUGCCUGGCUUUUCGCCUGGAGUUCCGCCUACGUCUUCCAAGCUGGUCCCUCACAGGCCAUGAACUGGUUCCUCACCACCGGAACGGGGUCCCAAACUGGAGUUGGGACCCGAGCAUCGGAUACCGACUCCAUGUGUGGCAACGCCGUCAUGUAUGAUGCGGUAGCUGGGAAAAUCCUCACCGUUGGUGGAUCACCGGACUACCAAGAUUCCAACUCCACCGGCAACGCCCACGUCAUCACGCUCGGCACCCCGCCCGCGACUCCCACCGUCCAAACCAUCGGCUCCAUGGCCUACGCGCGUGCCUUCGCCAAUUCUGUCGUCCUCCCCGACGGCACCGUCUUUGUCACCGGUGGCCAAGUCUCCGCCGUUCCCUUCUCGGACGCCACGUCCCAGUAUAUCCCCGAACUCUUUAAUCCGGCCAGCAACACCUUCACCCAAAUGGCGCCUGCCUCCAUCCCCCGCAACUACCACUCCGUUGCGAUUCUUCUCUUCGACGGGACCGUGGGCAACGGUGGGGGCGGUCUCUGCGGCACCUGCGCCACGAAUCACUUCGACAUGCAGAUUUGGAAUCCGCCAUACCUCUACACCAGCUCCGGCGGCCUCGCCACCCGUCCCGUCAUCAACAGCAUUUCGGCGGCCAGCGUCGCCGUCGGCGCGACUUUCUCCAUCACGACCAACGUGGCAUGCUCCGCGUUCAGUAUGAUCCGCAUGACCAGUACGACGCAUACGGUCAAUACGGACCAGAGGAGGAUUGCCUUGACGGCGGGUACGACGGCCGGGACCACGUACACGUUUACGGUGCCCAAGGAUCCGGGGGUGGCGGUGCCGGGGCACUGGAUGGUGUUUGCGCUGGCGGGUGGAGUCCCUGCGGUGAGCAAGCAGCUGCAGGUCACACUGACGUAG